UCACAAUCACUCCAAAUACAUUUUCUACCCAAAAAAAAAAAACGAAUUCGAGAAAUCUCACUGAUUAGAGCAAAGAUGUCGUUGGCUCGUUCUGCGAUCACAAAGCUAAGGCUGGCUCGAUCCCUGUGGGAGACUCAGAUUGGAGCAUCGCGUUCGGUGGAAUCGACUCGAGGAUCGGCGAUUCGGUGUUUCAGCGACGACAAAGGUCGUGUGCUCAGCGAAGAGGAACGCGCGAAAGAGAGCAUGUACAUCAAGAAAAUGGAGAAGGAGAUACUGGAGAAGAAGAAGAAACUAGAGAAACAUAAGCCAGAUAAUGAGAAAGGAAGUGCCGACAAGAAACCUGAUGCAAGCAAGCCAUGAGUUCAUGGCUCACAGAUCGGGUCAUAAGGCAAGAAGUAGUGAAAAAUAAUAAUGCCUUUUGACCUUUGUCACUCUCUUGGUAUGAGAUUUUGUACUUUCUGAUGUGUGUUUGUGUGUUGUAACUUGUAAGAAAUCAAGUUUAAAAUAAUCGAAAAAAACCCUCCA